AGGGGCCCGCAGGGCACACUGGGCUGCUCAUUGGAUCGGACAGAGGUUGGAAGCCAUGCUCUGCGUCUGAGGGCGCACUCAGGAACCCACGUCCCUCUUCUUUCUGGAGCCCUGACGGAGGGAGCAUGAUGGAGAAGGACACAGCCGCACACAGGAGGCACAGGCCGGGCCUCGGGGCCCCUCCAUCAGGGGGAGCCCCCAGACACCUCAAGGCGGCCAGCGAGAUGGUCGAGCUGCAGCGCAGCAGGAGCGUGGGUGGUCUGCUGCAGAAGGGGGACCCUCUGCGCUGCGUCAAGAAGCUGAGCAGGGAGCUGGAGUCCGAGGACCAGGGAAGAGACCUACAGAGUGACACUGAGGAUGCCAACUGUAAGGCAGACCCAGAGGAAGAGAAGCAGGAAAAGAAUCGGGACUCCCUCAGGAAGUUGGACCCUGAUGGUGGCUGGGCGGGGCCGGCGGAACCGGAGUUGGAGUCCAUAAAGCUGGAUGAGCCUUUGGGAAAAGAGAAACCAUCUGUGUUUGUGGAGAUUGAUCUGGGAGACCAUGCGGAGGAGGUGGUCACAGGCACCAUGAAAGAAGAGAAGCAGUCCGAGAUGGACAUGGGGGGUUCAUCAGAAGACGAGCUCUUUCAGGCCUGUUUCAGAUGGUGGGGUUCGGCACCUGCGGGCCAGCCACUGCUUACUGCCCAGUGGGACGCUUCAGCACCGAGUUGCGGGGUCCCUGCAAAGGGAAGACGGGCGGCUGACCCACCCCAGAGGCAGCCUCAGUUGGAAGUGGAGACCCCAGAGACCACCACUGGGGAAAAACUCAAGUUGUGGUGUUCUGGAAACGGGCAGGGGUAGGCGUGGGGCCGAGGGGAGUGGUUUGACUCGGCUGGUCUUUGAGGUGUUUCAUGUUCAGGGGCCCCUUCUGGCUCAGGCCUCCCAGCACAGAGGACAAAGGCAUUGGGUGGGUGGGAGGCAGCUGGUGGGAGGGCCAGCCAGCCUGCCCAGGAGUCUGGCUGUGGGUGCCGGGCCCCGGGCCCCCUGGGCUUGAUGGGCGGCAUGCAUCUGGGGCGCAGGGGUGCUGCCUGUGGCCCUGGGCUCUGAGCUCAGUAGGGGCGGCACCUGUCUCUACCCCGCUCGGC